CGGAGAGCGAUCGGAAUCAGUUGUGGACACACUCCCGAGCUGUGAAGGUUCAGCGUCUAAAGAGUGCAAAUACUUUGAAUCAAACGCGACAUGAUGCAUCGCUCAAUCGCUUUGUUGGUUUUCGCCUUGUCCUGCGCAAGCGCUUUCCCUGUGGUCUUCCUCACUUACGAAGAAGGCAAGAGCCAGGGGAGCCCGAGGCUCUUCGACUGUGUCUCCGUGAGCCAAUCCGAAAAUUCUGUCAACGCCGCUUCCAAACACCAAGCUUACAGAUGCCGCCCAAACGCCAGGUCCCACGAGCACCUGAAAGUGGGCCACAAUUUCCCCAUUUUCGAGAUCUUGGAGGAGCCCGUGAAUGAGGUGACUGCCAUCGAGGUGGAGGAGAUCGCCGUCCCCGCCCUGCCCCUCAUUGACACCUUCUUCCCCUCCAGCAAGAUCGUCGUGGCCAACGGCGAAGCCUCCAACGCCAACACCAACUACGAUGUUGAUGACCAGGAUAAGCCCAAGAGAAACAGGGGUGGCUGUGCUAAUGAUGAGGUCUUCGUAGCUGAGCUCGACUUGUGCAUGCCCUUCUCUCCCCAGCAGUCAGCUCCCAAGACCGCCACCAUCAACGACGAGGAGAAGCCCAUUCCAGUCGAGCCCGACUUCACAAUCCUGGAAGUAGGUUUUGCUCCCACCAGGUGCAGCGAAGGCGAGAUCUUCCUCCCAUCCGUUGGCAUUUGCGUGCCGGCCAAUAACUGCUACCCAUACCCCAGCUGCGACGCUUACAACGAGGCCCAAAAGGAGAAAGAGAAGGAGAAGGAGAAGAAGAAGAACAAGAACCACCAAAGCAACCAGAGGGCUGAGGAGGAUGACGACUAAGUAGCUGCUGCUGGUGGUGGUGUCACCCGAGAGGUUUCGUCUGUAGGAAACCGUCUCCAGUUGCAAGGUUUGGAUUUGUCAGCCUCAACUUCGGAUUCAGGCCAACAAAUUCACAAGAUACAAAACAAUUUUUUUUUAUAUUUAUUGAAGCACUUUUGAUAUUGCCGUGAGUCACAUGACAGAUGUUCAGUAGAGCAUACAAUAAUACAAACAGUAUUAUCUCAAUACUGAUCACCACAAGCAGAAGUUGGACUAUGCACCCACAAUCAAAAAAUGAAAAAAAAUCAAAGUAAACGUGAGAAUUAAUUCUAUUUAUAUGUAACAUACUGAUCAAGUGGCAGAGAUUGUAUUGUAUAUAAGAUUAAUAUUUAAUAAUGAUGGUGUGAGUGUGAGUGUGUGUGAGUGAGACUGACAGUUAACACCAAGUUCUAAGAAUGAAAGAUUAAUCAGUUAUAUAAGUUUUGAAAUACGUUCUUAGCAGGAAACGACCUUUUAACCUGAACAGCCCCCAAAAUGAAGUGAUAACUGCGUGAGGGUAACAGGGACAUGGGGUUCCUGUACAAGGCCAGUCGUGAGAACGCGAAAUCUAAGAAUGAAAUCAAAGCUACGAUAGAGAUUUUAACAUGAAAGCAGCCGUCUGCACAAGGAGUGAAUGAAUGCUGGUAUGUCUGACAAUGAAGUAAACUAAGUCAGUAAUAGUUAGUAGGACUGAUGGGGAGUGCAAUCUCAGUUAUAGAAAACAAACCUUAACAACCUGUUUAGAUGGUUUCCUAAGCAUGAACUACAGAGAAUCAUUAGAGUUGUUACACGUCUUCAGUCAUAUACUAU